AUGACUGCGAGCACGUCGAAUCCCGACCCGCAUGACACGCAUGUUGAUGAGAGGACUCCGUUGAAUGCGUCGGAACGGGACACAACUGCGGCGGACUACAACAGCAUCGCGAAGGGACCUACAGAUGAUGUGCACAGCGGUCAAGGCAGUGACGAGGAACAACAGCAGGUCAACCCGCCGGAGUCGCGUGAAAAUGAGACGAAAGCGUUGACCAGUAUUACCACGGUCAUUGGGGUGCUGUUGCUGGGCGAGUUCAUCUCCAACGCAGACAUGACGUUGGUAAUGGCAACGACAGGCAAAAUCUCCUCCGAGUUCGAUCGAUUGCGCGAUGCGAGUUGGCUGGCGACGGCGUAUACCCUGGGGUUAUGUGCUACGCAACCGAUGUACGGCAAACUGAGUGAUAUCUACGGUCGGAAGCCGCUCCUGCUGUGGGCGUACUUCUUCUUCGGCAUUGGAUGCAUCAUCAGCGGCAUCGGUCCAUCGAUGACCACAAUUAUCCUGGGACGUGCAAUCAGUGGUAUCGGUGGUGCUGGGACAAUGGCUAUGGGCUCGAUUAUUAUCACGGAUAUCGUCCCGCGCCGCGACGUUGCUCACUGGCGGGCCUAUGUCAACAUUGCGAUGACCCUGGGGCGUAGCGCAGGAGGCCCCAUUGGUGGUUGGCUGGCGGAUACCGUCGGCUGGAGAUGGUCGUUUAUUCUUCAGGGCCCUUUAUCCGCCGCGGCAGCCCUGCUGGUUGUAUGGAAACUCAGUCUUGCCAGCCCGACAGAAGGGAAGAGCAUUCGUCGAGUCGACUUCCUUGGAUCUUUCCUCCUCGCUAUCGGCAUUCUCACCGCCACCAUCAUCCUUGACCAGGCCGGCCGGGCCUUUGCGUGGGCAUCUCUGAACACGGCUAUCCUCACCAGUAUCAGUGUAUCAGCGUUCGUCGCCUUUAUCAUCGUCGAGCUCUACGUCGCCGCCGAACCGAUCUUCGAACUGCGUAUCCUGCGCCGUCCGAACGUCGCCCCUAGUUACCUCAUCGGGUCUCUUCAGAUUUCCGCCCAAGUGGGCAUGAUGUUCUCCGUGCCGCUGUAUUUCCAGGUCACAUCGCAGGCCUCCGCCACCGUCGCUGGCGGACAUCUCGUGCCCGCGGUGAUCGGUAACACACUGGGUGGGUUGAUUGCGGGUGCCUUCAUCCGUCGCACCGGCCAUUUCAAGGUUCUUCUGAUUCUCGCCGGUCUGGUCGCAUCGGUCUCCUACCUCCUGCUCUUCCUCCGCUGGAACGGCCACACGGGCUUCUGGGAGUCCUUGUACAUCAUCCCUGGAGGUCUGGGCACAGGCUUCUCUUCUGCCGCGGCGUUCGUCAGCAUGACUGCCUUUUUGCGUCCCCAGGAGAUUGCCAUGGCUACUGGAGGAUAUAUCUUGCUGUUUAGUUUUGCCAUGACGGCGGGUGUCACGGUCACUAACAGCGUACUGGGAAUGGUUUUCAAGCGCCAGAUGGAACAGAGCUUGACGGGGCCGGGAGCCAAGACGAUCAUCGAGCGAGCCCUUUCCGAUACGAACUACAUCAACAGCCUCGAGGGACAUGUCCGGGAUGUAGUGGUCAAGGGAUAUGUGGCUGGUCUGAGGCACACAUACUUAUUCUCGCUCGUGCUUUCGAUCCUGGGGUCCUUCAUCGGGUGGACGGUGCGGAAGCACCAGCUGUGAUGCGACCAAACAGCCAUAGUCAUCACAUGGAUCAUUUCGUCAGGCUAGUAGUAG